UUCACUUUUCAGUUAAAAAAUUAAAAAACUUUAAAAUGAGAAUCUAAAAAAUGUUUUCUUUCGUCUUUAUUAGUGAAUAAUUAAAAUGUUAUUUAUACUAAAAGAAGAAUUUGACGACAAUGAUUUCAUUGGUUUUUAUGUAUUUUAUUAUAAAUACAUAUUGCCAUUGAAAAAUAUGUUAAUAUUGUUACCGGCAAAUUAUUCAUAUUUUCUCAUUUUUCUGAUUCUGAUUAUUAUAAUCGGAGUGUUUCUCUCCUUUCUCACAUUUCUCACAGAAACUAAGGACGAACCAAAUAUCAUUAAAGAAAUGAAGUUUACAAAUAAUUGGCAAUUUAUAAGUGAUAAAUUGAAAUUGCGUCAGGACGUUGCACUAAGUGAACUGCAUAAAGCGAGUGAUAAAUGUUAUGCAAAGAAUAAUUGCAAUAAAUGCAUUGAAUUGGCGACAUAUUGGCCACAUUUGAUAAAUGCAACUCUUCCGGAUUUUGAAGGAAUAACACCUUUUCAUCGCGUUUGUUACAGAGGAAAUCACAGUUUAAUUGAAUUUAUGUUAUCGAAAGGUGCAAACAUAUUUCAAGAAACUAAUUUCGGAGAAAAUGCUUUUCAUAUGUUAUUUGCAUACUAUAUUCGAAAUCCCGCGCAAAAAAAUUUUAAAUGUCUCGAUCUUCUACUAAAAAAUGGAUAUUCUUUGAGAAAAGAUAAGACGUUGAAAAAAUUGAUUUUAAAUGCCAGAGAAACUGAAAAUACUGAAUUGGAAAAAUGGCUAUCAUCAAAUGCAAUUUGCAUUGAUAAGAAACACAAGUAAAGAAGAAAAAGUUAU